CCUUCCACCUUCCACUUUGUACUUCAAAACACUUCCCUCCUUCUCUCUUUCUCUCUCUAUCAAUUCUCAACCACACACUUUCUUAUAUUAUUAUAUUACAAGUUACUAUUACUAUCAGCAUUGUUGUAUUCAAUGCCAUCAUCCAUCCACCAUCACCACCAUCACUCACAAUCUGUUGUUACUGUUGGUGUUAGUGCCAUCUGAUUGACACUUACCAUUUACUCACAAACACUAUCUCUUUCUCUGCUAUAAAAGGGUCUCUCCUUCUUGUACUUUCUCUCCAUUUUCUUGGUAUAUCUCUCUGAGUUUCUUCUGUUUUCUACCUACAACUUCAUGGAUCUCUGUGCAUUCUCAUAUUCUACAUUUGUGAGCCCUGCAACUGCAACUGCUUCUGAUCCUCGGAGAUCAAGUUCUCUUGCUUCUCACUCUCAAUGGGGUCUGGAUCUGCUUAAUCAAUCGCAGCACAGGUUCAACCAGGUGAAGAAAAAAUCAAGUGGGGUAUAUGCAUCCCUAUCAGAGAGGGGAGAGUAUUAUGCUCAAAGACCGCCAACUCCGCUGUUGGACACCAUAAACUAUCCAAUUCAUAUGAAAAACCUCUCUACCAAGGAGCUCAAGCAACUCGCCGAUGAGCUACGUUCUGAUGUAAUUUUCAGUGUUUCAAAAACUGGGGGUCAUCUAGGAUCAAGUCUAGGUGUUGUCGAACUCACUGUUGCGCUCCACUAUGUCUUCAAUGCCCCUCAAGACAAGAUAUUGUGGGAUGUUGGUCACCAGUCUUACCCACAUAAAAUACUCACCGGUCGGAGGGAUAAGAUGCAUACCAUGAGGCAGACAAAUGGAUUAUCUGGAUUUACAAAACGCUCCGAAAGUGAAUAUGAUAGUUUUGGCACUGGUCACAGCUCAACAACUAUUUCAGCUGGACUUGGAAUGGCUGUUGGGAGAGAUCUUAAGGGAAGAAAGAAUAAUGUAGUUGCCGUUAUUGGUGAUGGUGCCAUGACAGCAGGGCAAGCUUAUGAAGCCAUGAACAAUGCCGGAUAUCUCGAUUCUGACAUGAUUGUUAUUCUAAACGACAACAAACAGGUCUCUUUACCUACUGCUACACUCGAUGGACCGAUACCACCAGUAGGAGCUUUGAGCAGUGCUCUCAGUAGGUUACAGUCAAACAGGCCUCUUAGAGAAUUGAGAGAGGUUGCCAAGGGUGUUACUAAAAGCAUUGGAGGCCCUAUGCAUGAAUUGGCUGCAAAAGUUGAUGAAUAUGCUCGUGGCAUGAUUGGUGGUUCCGGAUCAACACUUUUUGAAGAGCUUGGACUCUACUACAUUGGCCCUGUUGAUGGUCAUAACAUAGAUGAUCUUAUCUCCAUUCUCAAUGAAGUUAAAAGUACUAAAACCACUGGUCCUGUUCUGAUCCAUGUUGUCACUGAGAAAGGCCGAGGAUACCCAUAUGCAGAAAAAGCAGCAGACAAGUACCAUGGAGUUGCUAAGUUUGAUCCAAAGACUGGAAAGCAAUUCAAGGCUAAUGCUAGCACCCAGUCUUACACAACAUACUUUGCAGAGGCUUUGAUUGCAGAAGCAGAAGCCGACAAAGACAUCGUUGCAAUCCAUGCUGCAAUGGGAGGUGGCACUGGCAUGAAUCUCUUCCUUCGUCGAUUCCCAACAAGAUGCUUUGAUGUGGGGAUAGCAGAACAGCAUGCUGUUACAUUUGCUGCAGGUCUAGCUUGUGAAGGUCUCAAGCCUUUCUGUGCAAUUUACUCAUCAUUCAUGCAGAGGGCUUAUGACCAAGUAGUGCAUGAUGUCGACUUGCAGAAGCUUCCUGUAAGAUUUGCAAUGGAUAGAGCUGGAUUAGUUGGUGCAGAUGGCCCUACACAUUGUGGUUCUUUUGAUGUCACUUUUAUGGCAUGUCUUCCUAACAUGGUGGUGAUGGCUCCUUCUGAUGAAGCAGAGCUUUUCCACAUGGUUGCCACUGCAGCAGCCAUUGAUGAUCGCCCUAGUUGUUUCCGAUACCCAAGGGGAAACGGCAUUGGUGUUGAACUACCACUAGGGAAUAAGGGAAUUCCUCUUGAGGUAUAUUAGAAAUUUAGAAUGGCCAC